CGCGAGUCACUCAUCCUUUAAUUAAAGUAGGGUGCGGUUAGGUGCGCGUGCGCGCUGCUACUACUCCGCCCUCAACUGCCAACGCUUCCAGCAAAAGAGAUCCGCCCUGCUUGUUAUUACGCGUGCGCACUGGCAGACCUGACCCCGGAAGACCACACGCCUGCGCGGCAGAGACUACAGUGACAGUAUCUCAGAUGGGGCGCGGGCCAGUCAUGGCGGAACCAUGGUUUGGUCAGUCGUUGCAGGCUUUGCCCUCAGCUGUGGUGGGCGCACUGGGAGCCCUGGGCAGCGAGUUCUUGCGGGAAUGGGAGGCGCAGGACAUGCGCGUGACCCUGUUCAAGCUGCUACUGCUUUGGUUGGUGUUAAGUCUCCUGGGCAUCCAGCUGGCGUGGGGGUUCUACGGGAACACGGUGACCGGGUUGUAUCACCGCCCAGAUCCUCACUCCCAGCCUGCAGCAGCUCUGGAUGUGUUCCUGCCUCCAGGUCUGGGCGGCCAGAAUGGAUCUACACCUGAUGGCUCCACGCAUUUCCCUUCGUGGGAAAUGGCAGCAAAUGAACCUCUCAAAACCCACAGAGAAUAAGGGAAUGCAGAAGCAGAAAGGUCUCCGGAGGCAUCACUAGGAGUGCUGGAUCCUACACUGUGUCUUUGUUUGUUUAUUUUAUGAGACGGGGUUUUGGUGUGUAGUUCAGGUUGGCCUUCAACUAACUUUGUAGCCCAGGCUGACCUUGAACUCACAAUGAUCCUCCUGCCUUAGUCUCCAGAGUGGUGGGAUAACAGGUGUGCACCAGUAUGCCUGGCUCCUGUACUGUGUCUGGCUGCUGCUCAAGAAUGAUUUCAGGGGGCCCAGUACUGAAGUUAGGGGGUACGUUAAUGCUUGCAGGACUAGGCCUCCAUAGACUUCAGCCUUGGCAUCAGUAACCCCAGGUAGUGGGCAAGUGAAGAGUUUGUCUGUACCCUGAUCUAGGACUCAUAAGGAGAGAACACAUGUUUCUUCUCUUUCGGGGUUCAAAGCUCAGGAGAGGCCUUAUGUUGGGAAGGCUUGCACGCCCUUUUAGGCUUGACUUUUUCCUGUCUCCCUUCUUAUCCUCCUGAAAUAUGACCACACAGAAAUUUGCUUGAGAGGAAGCCUGAGGUUGACCAUUUCUGGGAUUUGUAAGGAAAGUCUAUUCUUGCCUAAACCUUGAAUUUCUUUGGUUUUGCUUUGUUAGCAGGGAGCCAAGUAAUCAGGCCAAGGCCAGGCCUUCUAGGCAAUUUUUUUUUUUUUUUUUUGGUACUGGGGAUCGAACUCACAACUGCAUUGCUUGCAGGGCGGGCAUUUAUGCCGCUGAGCUAAAUCCCCAGCCCUAGGGCCAGGCCUUCUACUCUGGUUAUUUAGCUGGCUACUGAAGUAUAGGACAAGGUGUACUGGCUGGCAUCAUCCAGACAGAGGAGGCACCACUCACUUACUUCCCUGACCCAAACAGCUCUUCAGGUAUAAGGCAAAGGAGAUUAUCAUUUCCCAGUUAUCUUCAUAACUCUCUGUCCUCAGCAAAAAGCAAGGUGUCUAAAAGAGACAGAGCCCAUUACCUGAGCCUCUGGGGCUCCCACACCUACUGUUUAAGUGCCCUUGGAGUCUUGGGUCUGUACCCUCCCUUUUAGUAGGGAGAUACUAAGCAGUUAGUGCAAAGUAGCUCCAUCAGCUCUGCAGUCUGAUCAUUUCCCAUCUUGUCAACAGUCCUUAACCUGAAAGUCUACCAGCACUGUCUCAGCUCGUAGGAGCCCUCAACAUGAAAGAUCAACAGGCCAGAUACCCCUGGCCCCUUUGCAAUGGGCAGGAGAGGUUUCAGAGGAGUGGGUAGCAAAAGCCCCCACAGAAACACUGCUUCCUCAAAGCAUUAUGGUCCUAGAUGUAGCUCUUCCCUAAUGGCUGCCCUGCUGCUUACCUCUGCUACCUCAGUGUCCCACUCCCCACUUCUCCAUUAGAUGUCAUAUAUCCACUUGGUACCCUCUGCCGUGGCAGAGGUACAUUGGAAGUCUCCAGGCCCACCCACUGACACUGACCUGCAGAUGCAGGGGCUCUGUAGGUUACCCAGGCUCAACUGAAAAUGUGGCUUAUUAAACACAUAAGUGCA